AUGGAGAGUCUGUCGCGCCGGCGCGCGUUCGAACGGCGGCGCUCGAGGAAACUCUAGGAUGGCCUUCCGACGGCCGUCCACUCGCGUUCCAACGCGUCCACACGCCGUCGACGAUUUGUAUACUACACAGGCGCCGCGCCCAGCAACCGCAAAGUCGCCAGGCCUACGCCGACUCGAUGGCUUUGGCGGCCGCCUACGGCCGCCCGCCCGAGCCGCGCUACGAGCAGCCGGCGCCCACUUACGGGGAUCCGGGGCCCUAUCGGGCCCAGGAGCCGCUUCCUUCUCAGUUAGCGCGACCGGCAAAAAAGAAGCGGCCGCGAAGAAAGCACGGCGAGCUCGCGCGGGGCAUCGUCCGAAGGCGCGAGGACUGGGACGACCACUGCCUCAUCGAGAUGGACGACGGGUGCGUUUCCUGUGUUUGUCAACUUCAAGGCGCCUUCAACUCACAAUGGUGUGGGGCUUGCGGCGGCCGGCGCGCGGCGCGCGCAUUGCCGGCGACGGCGCGGUGGCGCUGGUGUGAACUGGUGUGAACUGGUGGCCUCGCGUCACCGGCGCGCGCCGCGGCGCCGUCGACGCGCCGUCGUUUCUAUGACGGUGUCGGCUCGACGGCGUGGCGGUUUUGCGACGUUGGCGCCAUCGACGCGACGUCGUUCCCACGGCGUCGCCUCGAUGGCGUCGAGGUGGACUUACCGUUGUGCGCGCCGUCGCCGCGCGCACACAACACACAACACACGCCGUCGCCGCACUACCACGACGCGAAAAGCGAACGCGUCCAUCCCGACACAGGUUCGAGGACGUCUUCUGCCACCGCCACCGCUGCCAGGGCAAGCAAUUGCCCGAGCAAGGGCAGGUCGUCGACUUCAAGCUCCAUCUCUCCUCGAAAAGUCUGUGCUGGCAGAGCGGCUUCGUGACCUGGGAGGAGGGCGACAUGGCCGAGCUCAAGCGGCCCGAGCCGCCGUUGGACAUCCCGCGAGCGCCGCCGCGCGUGCCGGAGCCGCGGACGUGGGCGCCGCCUCCCCAAAGACAGGCGCCGUACGGCGGCUACUACGACCAGCGGCCGCGAGCGUCGUCCUUCGACGAUCGGCGGGCGCGACUGCCGUCUGAUCUCUCAGAUGGUGUGACGGAAAGCUCGUACGCCUCGGAUACGCCGUGGGGCUACCAACAGCCACCGCCAAGACCGUCGCCGGCGGAGUUCGCGGAUCGCGGGGCCGCGUCACUACUCGCGACGCUCGACGCGCCGGCCUGGACGCCGCAGCAAAGACCACAACGGCCGGCACCGCGGCCCGACACGGAGCUCGCGUCGGACCUGCGGCAGCUGGGCCUCGCCGAACAGAGACCGCCUCCAAGACAGCCGGACCCGUCGCCGCCGUGGUUGGCGGGCAUGCUCGACGAACCGGCGCAGCAGCCGCUCGGCGCCUUCGACCGCCCAGCAGCGGCGCAGCCGCCGCCGCCGCCCGGUCUAGCUGAAGCGGAGCCGACCUGGGCCUCCGCCGCGACGCGGCCCGCCGGCGCGCCGCCUUUACCAAGACCGCGGGCCUCGUCGGUGUCGUCCUCGGUCGCGUCCGACGGUGCUUCCGCUCUGGAUCGCAUCGCGCUCAAGGUCGUGCCCGUGGACGAGCAGAAGACGCCCUGGCUCGCGACGGCGGACUUACCCGCUAGAAGAGCAGCCCCGAUCGAGCAGCUCCGGGCCCACACGCAAAGCGCCGUCGAGGCCGGGAAUGCUUCCGCUAUACAAAAGCUCAAGCGGCGAAGAGAAACGCGAAAGCGCGCGAAACGCGGCGACCAUUGUAGGGUCGAGGUGCGACCGCGCGACGGCGGCGGCGUCUUCGUGAGUGCUUAUGGUGUCAACGCCGCGGGCGCGGGCGCCGCGCUCCGACGCAUGCUCACGGCCAAUGCCGCUCUACUGGCCGGGCGCGACGUCGACGCCACGGCCGACGACACCCCCGAAACGCGCCAGAACCUAGGCUGGGCCGAGCUCGUUGCCCAACUCCGGUCGAUACUGGCGCGGGGCGAGUCCCGCGGCAUCUGCUGCAACCACCUGUCCAGAGCGUUCGAGCGGGACUUCGGUUCAGCAUUGGUCGAGACGCUCUUCGGCGACUACGAGUCCCUGGCCGCAUUACUGAGAGCGCCUCAACUCAAAGACGUCGUCACGCUCGUCGAGCAGCCGGGCCGGCCCGACCUCAUGGUGCGCCUCGCUCAGACAGAGACGCCGGAGCGGGCCCAGCCGGCGGUCCGCGAGGCCCUACGUUCAUUAGGCUUAGAAAGGUACGAGGCCACCUUCGCGCGCGAGGACGUGAGCGUGCAAACUUUGGUGCGCAUGACGGACGACGACCUGGCAGCUCUAGGCUUACCAAAAGGGCCGCGGGUGCAGAUCCUGGCCUGGGCGAGCCGCUGACUGAUAUCAACCCUAUGUAUGUGCCGCGGGCUCCAGGCCUCCGGCGAAAAACGACCCCCCCCCAUCGAGUCCCCCGCGCGGCGGCGAUAUGCUGCCGUGGACGGGACACCUAUUAAUAACCCCUAUUAUCUCGUGAA